CACAUAUUUGGCAGUAAUUUGUCUCCCGCCCAAUUUUCAAACCUCCUAAGACCUCUCCCUCUUUCUAGGGUUUACAGCUUUCCCCAAAUCUCUACCACCAUACGUCCUGUGGAUGCAGUGUUUCUACUGCGAGAAUCCCAUAAUUUCCCUAGAAUGACGACUCCGAUGGAGAUCUCCGAGCAGAAACCCGUCACUGAAACUACCAUUUCUGAACAGAAUGGCCUUCCGCCGCUCCCCGCAGUAGCUCCUUCUCCUCCUCCAUCUCUCCCCGAAGACAAAUUUCUCGUUUCUGUUGAAGUUUGCUUAAAACCGUCGAGCACAGCACGAACCCAAGAUGUCUGCUCAGCAGUUGAAAGAAUGCUUGAAAAGAGGAGCAUGAGCUAUAUCGAUGGACCAAUACCUGUUCCUCUUGAUGACACCUUUCUGGUAGAGAACGUUCAUAGGAUAUGCAUAUGUGACACAGACGAAGGGAUAAAGAACCAUAGAAUUCUCUUGUUCUGGCAAGUCAAGCCUCUUGUACAUGUCUUUCAGCUUAGUGAUGAAGGACCAUGCGAGGAAGUAAGUGGUGAUGGCCAACUCGCUAGUUUCAACGAAUGGAUUCUCCCAGCAAAGGAAUUUGAUGGCUUGUGGGAAAGCUUGAUUUAUGAAUCCGGUCUCAAACAAAGGUUGUUGCGAUAUGCUGCAAGUGCGCUGCUCUUCACUGAAAAGGGCGUUGACCCAUUCCUUGUUUCCUGGAAUCGCAUUGUUCUUUUACAUGGUCCUCCAGGUACUGGCAAGACAUCUUUAUGCAAGGCCCUUGCUCAAAAGCUUUCAAUACGGUUUAAUUCCAGAUAUCCACAGUGCCAGUUGAUUGAAGUCAACGCUCAUUCUCUAUUCAGCAAAUGGUUCUCUGAAAGUGGCAAGUUGGUCGCAAAGCUUUUCCAAAAGAUUCAAGAAAUGGUAGAGGAAGAGAACAAUCUGGUAUUUGUUUUGAUUGAUGAGGUUGAAAGCCUUGCUGCUGCCAGAAAAGCUGCUUUGUCUGGCUCUGAACCUUCAGACUCGAUUCGUGUUGUGAAUGCACUAUUAACUCAGAUGGACAAAUUGAAAUCUUCACCGAAUGUGAUUAUUUUGACUACAUCCAAUAUCACUGCUGCGAUAGAUAUUGCAUUUGUUGAUCGAGCUGAUAUCAAAGCAUAUGUUGGCCCUCCCACUCUUGAAGCUCGUUACGAGAUUCUGAGAUCUUGUGUACAAGAACUUAUACGAAGUGGAAUAGUAGCAAAUCACCAGGUUCUUAAUGUUUAUAUCAUGGAAGUCCACAAGGAACUAUUCAAAUCUGCUGCAUCUAUUGUUUACACUUUGUACUAACAUGGAAUCAUCAAACUCUUCCUCCUGUCAUUUCCUCAGGAUUAUGAUCUCAAGCUUCCAAACUUCUCAACACUGAGAGAAAAACUAGGGACAGCUGAUGUGCAAGAAGCUCAAACAUGGCCAUUAUUGCUGUAUAAACAAUUGCUUGAAGCUGCAGAGUCAUGCGAGGGAUUGAGUGGAAGGUCCCUAAGAAAGCUUCCAUUUCUCGCACACGCAUCUCUUUCCAGUCCAGGCAGUUGUGAUCCAACCAAUUUCUUGUGCACAAUGAUAGAUACGGCAAGAAGGGAGCACUCCGAAUUACUGGGUUCUUGAGUCCUUGCGUCCAUAUAUGUAUAUGAUACAGGAAGCAAGUCUGCACAUGUUCGAAAGGAUACUCGUGUGACUUAGACAAUGAUAGUCGUUGCAAUUUGAAACGGAGAUCAAACAAAGAUCAUGAAGUGUGCAGAGUGCUGCAUUUUCUUUAGCUCGAGUAUCUGUACGUUCUUUCAUCUCCAUACCAAAUUAUGGCACUACCAAAAAACAAGUAUGCCUUCUGAUUUCCUGCAUGUGAGAACUAGUGGAUUCGGAAGACAGAACAAAAACCAAUUUAUAGUAUGCUGUACAUCACAACUUGAAUACAG